AUGCUCUUCAAGACUCUUCUCAUUUCUGCCACUGCCGUUCUUGCUGCCCCCAUUGCUUGCGAGCAGCCCCAGGAGCACGUUGAAGCCAACUCCAACUCCAACCCCAAGUACUCUCUGAACGCCAUUCUCCCUGGCCAGGGCGCCUCUGGCAUGAAGGGACUCCAGAUCCGAGGGGACGACAUUGUAUACGGACUCACCCAAGGUUACUCUUACUUCAAGCUCGAGGCCGUUGGUGACAACCUCGUCAACGUCGAAUCUCCUGGCCAGGGUCCCAGAGAGCUCUAUGCUGCUGAUAACGGAGAGCUGGUGAUCAACGAGCAUCCUGCUCAGGUUGGAAAGGGCUACGACGGAGGAUGGAAGUUUGAGGGUGAUGGACCUGUCAAGUCUGUCACUUACUAUGGAGCCAACGAGUGGUACUCUUGUACCUCCAAGGAUGAUCCUCUGCACGGUGGCCAGGUGGUCUACAUCAAGAAGGGCGAUAACUACGCCUGCAAGGACCCCAUCCACUUCACCGUUGCCGCCACCAAGGAGUAG